AUGAGCGCGUUAGGUAGAGAGAGAGUGAGAGAAAAGUCAAAAAUUUCCAUUGAUGCUGAUGAGGAAUGGACAAUGUUCAUUGAUAAUCUUAACAAAAGUGUUUCCAGAGGGGUGUUAAGGAAUUAUUUUAGUCCUUAUGGUCAGAUCUUGAGGAUUUUCAUCCCUCGUUUUUUAGAAAAACCAAAUUAUAAAUCUUCUACUUUUGCUUUCGUCCAAUAUGCUCGUGAGGAAAGUAGAAACAAGGCAAUCCGGUUCGUGAAUGGGAAGUGGCUUGAUGGAAGAAGAGUCUCAGUAGGGAUCGCUAAGUAUCAAAAGGUUAAGAGAAGGGAAGCUGUGGAGGGGAAGAGAAUGUUGGAGAUCAGGUCUGAGAUUAAAGAUGCACCAGGAUCGGGGAGGAGAGCUGUGUCGUUGAGAAGCUUGAGAGAUAACAGAUCGUAUAAGGAUGUGGUGAACUCUGAUUAUGAUUUGAGAAGGAAAACAGUAUAA